CAAAGAAGCAACAGCCGACUGGGGAAGCCUCUCGUAAUCACCACGGCACUCCACCCAAGGAAUCGACCCAAUUUCAGCAACCCAUCUGUGCCCCCCGUAUCCCGGUCGUCCAGUACCUAUACUUGGUCAAUUUCGAAGAAGCUGAAUUGCAGAAAGUGCAAAGCAAUUCAGCCACCAUCGUCGUCGUCGUCGUCGUUCGUCGUUCGCAUCUUCGAAUAGGACCUCCUGUCCGUUUCCCGACUUUGGUCGCUGCAUCCCGACCAGCAGUCCUUCCCUUCCGGCAUCCGCCAACCCCAGCCCCGUCCGUCUCACCGACUAGACCGAGAACGCAAGAGGACCCAGCGUGUUUACCGAAACCAGGACGUGCGACGACAUCCUGAUUGACGACCAUCACCUCUAGUCACGACCCCGUCGACUCUCAACCUCAACUAGAACACACGAUAAUUUGAGUGACGACAAUCCGACACUAUGGCUUCGUCGACGUCCUCCAACGUCGUCGGUGUACACUACCGAGUGGGAAAGAAAAUUGGAGAGGGUUCAUUUGGUGUCAUUUUCGAGGGUACCAACCUCCUCAACAACCAGCAGGUUGCCAUCAAAUUCGAGCCGCGCAAGAGCGAUGCUCCCCAGCUUCGCGAUGAGUACAGGACAUACAAGAUCCUUGUGGGAUGCCCCGGGAUCCCCAAUGUCUACUACUUUGGCCAAGAAGGUCUUCACAACAUCUUGGUUAUUGAUCUCCUCGGUCCCUCUUUAGAAGAUCUCUUUGACCACUGCAAUCGCCGGUUCAGUCUCAAGACGGUCGUUAUGGUUGCCAAGCAAAUGCUGUCCCGUGUCCAAACUAUUCACGAGAAGAACUUGAUCUACCGCGAUAUCAAGCCCGACAACUUCUUGAUUGGAAGGCAGGGAACCAAGACCGCCAAUGUCAUUCACGUAGUUGAUUUCGGUAUGGCCAAGCAGUACCGUGACCCCAAGACCAAGCAGCACAUUCCCUACCGCGAAAGGAAAUCGCUUUCGGGAACUGCCCGUUACAUGUCCAUCAACACCCAUCUUGGCCGCGAACAAUCCCGACGAGAUGAUCUCGAGGCCUUGGGUCACGUUUUCAUGUACUUCCUCCGCGGUGGCUUGCCGUGGCAAGGCCUCAAGGCUGCUACUAACAAGCAAAAGUACGAGAAGAUUGGCGAAAAGAAGCAGACCACUGCCAUCAAAGAUCUCUGCGAAGGAUUCCCCGAACAAUUUGCCCAAUACCUUACAUACGUCCGCAACCUUGGCUUCGAGGAUCAACCCGAUUACGACUACCUCCGCGAACUUUUCUCUCAGGCGCUCAAGGAUGCCGGUGGCGUUGAGGACGGCGAAUAUGACUGGAUGAAGGUUAACAAGUCCGACAAGAAGGGGGACUGGGAUCGGCCUGGGGCUUUGCACAACCCAAACGCGAGACCUGGGCCCUCAGCUAUGGAAAUCCACAACUCGAGGGGGCCCACGACCCAUCACGCAAGCGACCCCCGAGCUCAAUUGACGGCCGCUCGUUUAAACGCCCCGCAGCCCUCGCCUCCAGCUCAGCCGGGGCAGCGGGCGAAAGAGCAACCAAACGCCAACGCGCAGAAUAACCGGGCUUACAAGUCCCAACCCACACCCACCCAGUCGGCGGGAAAUGGGGCGCAACCAUACAACAUGCAGCAGCCUCCGCAACGGACAAUGACCCACACUGCCACAUCGAACACGAACCCACCACCUUCUAACCAGCCACAACAACAGCAAGGCGGCAUCAAGGGCAUUUGGAAGGCCCUGUGCUGCAGCUGAAAAGGGUGGUGCUGAUUUUGUGUCCGUUUGUUUUAAUAAUAUCCUUCACUUCAAAAGGAGAAAAUGUGAGGAGCAAGUCUUCGUCCCAUCUAUAUAGAGGGAAUCCCGGGGGGGACGAGUCCUGUUGUAUGAAUUUGCCGAAACAUGGGGUUCUCAAAUGUUUUUGCAUGGGGACUAUAGAGGAUACCUUCCUUUGUUUUUCAUAGCGGUCUUACUCGGCUACGCGCAUCUGGCGUCUUUUACUUGCUUGAUCUACCUGGGGCACAUCAUUACGACCAUACGAUUAGUAUUCCAGACUCAGUCUUCUGUCUUUCUCGCUAUCUUCGCUUCCCCUCCCUCGACCUCCCCGGGAACCCUUUCUUCUUUUACCAUUUCUUGUUCCCUCCCUUCUUGGCUGGCCUUCGUUUGGCGAGAGGAUGCUAGGAUUUACGACGCCGGGCCGAUAUGGAAGGCGGAGCCGACUCACGUGGAGGACAGUGGUCUCGGAUGAUCCAGUCUUUAAUGACAGCUAUUUCUUUCCCGACGAACCCGUGCAAACGGUCAAGCCUCCCCGAUGUUGCCGCUGGAAGACGCGGUUCGGAGUGGGACGAAAGGGGAAGGAGGGGGAAACACGUGAGAAGUGGGAGGGGAAGUGACAGGGAAAGGUGAGGAGAGAAAGUUUGAAAAGAUCUCGGGAAAACGAAAAAAGGGGAAAAGAGGAAAGAGUAUUCAUAUUUGAUUGGAACGGAACGCCUCGGUGUUUUAGUGUUGCUGUUUGCGGGUGUGGUUCUGAGCUUGUUACUGUCUGUCUAUUGUCAUUGUCUACCUUGUCUGUUGUUGCGCGCUAUUGCUGUCUAGUCAGCAUCUUAUACAUCUCCGAACUACGUAUAAUAAUCAUUAUAUCCACUCACUCACUGAUCCUGUAUGGUAUUGAUCAUGUUAUCCUCUUCCAUUGUUCUUUCACGACAUGAUAUGAUCGAGGAUGAGGUGGCGUAAUAGAAUUUCUUCUUC